AAAUUUGAUUGUUAAUAAUAUAAUUAUAAUAGAAUUAUGGUCGUAAUUAAAUCAUUAAUUUAAUUAAUUUAGUUAUAAGACUAAAAUGUUACUAAUAUAUCAUAAAUAAUUUUAAUAAUGGUCGAAAUUAAAUCAUUAAUUUUAAUUAAUUUAGUUAUAAGACUAAACUAUUACUAAUAUAUCAUAAAUAACGUUGGAAUUUUUGCUAGGAGGCACAACAAAUACUCAGGUACAGGGGUCCGACCAAUGUGCUCCCAUGGAACCCAGUUAUCUUGCCCUUUCUCAAAAGGGCACGGUUGGAGUCGAUUGGGCAUUUUGUAGGCAUAAAAGUCGAUCGCCAACUCAUUAUCGCAUUGAUGGAGAGAUGGAGAAAGGAGACACAUUGUUUCAACUUUCGGGAAGGAGAGUGCACCAUCACACUCAAGGACGUCGCCAUCCUAACUCAUCUGCCCAUCGACGGCAAAUCAAUGUGUGUGAGUGACCAUCCCCCCGAGGAUCGUGACAGUAUGACCGGUUGGCAGUGUUUCAUCCACAGUGUUUUGGGGGUGAAAGUACCAACCAAGGGGAGCGUUGAUGCGACGGAUCGCUUGCCACCAUUAAGGAAAGGCCAAGUAUCAAUCACUUGGUUGACGAAGUAUUUUAGGGAUCUUCACGAUCCUGAAAAAAUGGGGUGCCCCUAACCGAGGAAAGUCCGGAGCUAGAGAAGGAAAUAUAUGCUCGUGUCUAUCUCAUAGGCAUGACAGGAUGAGUCUUCUUCUCCAAAAAAUCAAGCAAUUUAAUUAGCUGUGGAUGGCUUAGGAUCCUCCUUGGUAGUUGUGAUGCGAUGGGGGAGUUGAGCUGGGCUUCCGCUUGCCUAGCUAAUAUCUACCUCCUUGGUAAUAUCUACCACCCUCCGAGCUACCAUCAAUCCCCAUAUGAUCCCCACCCGAUCUCAUACCACGAUCCCUGCCCACCAUACUAUGAUCCUCGCCCACCAUACUAUGAUCCCCGCCUAAACUUCUUCAACGAACCCCCCACUUCCUCGGGUACUUGGCAUGAUGGUUCCUCCACGAAUGCGCAUCACGACUUCAAUCCUAUUCCUCGCCCUCAUCAGCCAUGGCCUCCUACCCCUCACCGUAUGAGCGUCGAAGUCCCCUGCUCGACCCUGGAAGCACCGCAUACCACGGAUCAAAGCCAACACAGCACCGACGAAGCUUGCCACCGCAACCACCGAUGGUCACUCCCGUCGGCCGUCGUACAAGGAGCAAGAAAACCUUUCAGCCCCAUGAGUCCCAUGGACUUCCUUGAGAUGGAUUUUUAGUUUUAUCAUUUUGAGUUUUGUGUUUAGUUAUGUUUUAAUUAUAUGUACUUGAAACCCUUCCCUCCUAUUUUAGUUUCUUUAAUUGAGUGUUGUUUUAGUUUUUAUUUUAGUUCUAAGUACUUGGCUUUCUCUAUUUUGAUCAUGUUAACUUAAGGCUUGAGUGUUAAUUCAGGGUUAUUUUCCAAACACGAAAGUUCCAAGCGUCAGCUCUAACUCCGACAAUAAUUGAAACAUACAUAACAAGUACCAACAAAUGAAAACCGCAAACUACA